AUGAAGAAGCUCAAGAAUUAUGCGAAAGCUUUCCUGCCGACAACCAUCUCCAUGGCUACUCAGCCGCCCGAGUCGCUCAAGACUGAUUGGCUCACGCUCCCGACGUCGGACCAGGUCUUCCAUCCGUCGAACCUCAACCCUCACUUGGUCAAGAUGGAGUAUGCUGUCCGCGGACUGCUGGUGCAGACAGCAGAGAAGCUCGAGGCACAGCUCCGCCGAGGCGAGCUCGAUGAUGCUCCGUUUGACAAGAUUGUGUACUGUAACAUCGGCAAUCCGCAGGCGCUCGACGACAUUGCGCUCACCUUUAUCCGGCAGGUCCUUGCUCUGGUCACCUACCCUGGACUCAUCGAUGCGGUCCGCGGAGGCCAGAUCUCGGAAGAGCUCUUCCCAUCGGAUACGGUUGCCCGGGCCGAGGACAUCCUUGCUUCUGUGCCUGGCGGCGUCGGCGCGUACUCGCAUUCGAUGGGCAUUCCCUACGUCCGGCAAAAGGUGGCGCAGUUUAUUGAGGAGCGCGACGGAUACCCGUCCGAUCCAGAGGCCAUCUUCAUCACCGACGGCGCGUCGCCGGGCAUCUCGACCGUCAUCCAGUCGCUCAUCCGCGGGCCGAACGACGGCAUCCUCCUUCCUGUCCCGCAGUAUCCGCUGUACUCGGCGACGGUGGCGGCGUGCGGCGGAACGCAGGUCGACUAUUACCUUGACGAGGCCAAUGGGUGGUCGCUUGACGUGGCUGAGCUCGACCGGGCGGUGACCGAAGCCAAGGCCAACGGCGUCGGCCCGCGGGCGCUCGCGGUCAUCAACCCGGGCAACCCGACCGGCCAGGUCAUGUCUGCGAACAACAUCGCGGACGUCAUUCAGUUCUGCGCCGACCACCACCUCAUUGUCCUUGCCGACGAGGUCUACCAGGAGAAUGUGUACGAUCCAGACAACAAGCCGUUUGUCUCGUUUAAGAAGGCGCUGAUGGACUCGGCGCCGGGCGUCCGCGACCGAGUCGAGCUUUUCUCCUUCCAUUCAGUUUCCAAGGGCAUGCUUGGCGAGUGCGGCCUCCGCGGCGGCUACAUGGAGGCGCACAACAUUCACCACGAUGGUAUGGCGCAGCUGUACAAGAACGUCUCGGUCUCGCUCUGCUCCAACACCAUCGGCCAGCUCACCGUCGGCCUCAUGGUCGACCCGCCCCAGCUCGGUGACCCGUCGUACCACCUCUACACCAAGCAGUACCGCAAGCAGUACAAGUCACUCAAGCGCCGCGCCCUCGCCCUCACCGACGCGCUCAACUCGAUGGAGGGCGUGAGCUGCAAGCCAGCGUCGGGCGCCAUGUACGCCUUCCCGCAGAUCACCCUCCCAGCCGCCGUUGCUGCCGCUGCUUCGGACCUCUACAUGUCGCCCGACACGUACUACUGCCUCGAGCUACUCAAGGGCACUGGCGUGUGCGUCGUCCCCGGCUCCGGCUUUGGUCAGGUCGACGGCACCUACCACUUCCGCACCACCUUCCUCCCGCCCGAGCACGAGCUUGCCAAGGUCGGCGAGACCGUCGCCAAGUGGCAUGCCGAGUUUAUGGACAAGCACCGUGGCUCGUGA